AGAACGUGAUUCAGUACGGGAGAAAAGGAAGGUAAAUUCAAAAUGGCGGGAGCAGUGACGACAGGAGACAUGGACCCGGAUCCAAGGUGCCGUGCUUGCCUUCUAAAAGCCUCCCCAAUGGCACCUAAUGUAUUCGAACCAUGGAACAACGGGAAUUCCACUAUAGCUAUUGAUUUAGCUAAGCUCACUGGUGUUGUGAUUUCAGAAACGGAUCCAUACUCAAAAAAAAUGUGUCACUCGUGCUGUUCUAAGUUGCACAGUGCUUGUGCAUUUGUUCACAUGGUCCAAGACAGCGAUCGUGAACUCAAGGAGCUGUUCAAAGAUAUAUCUACAGGUGAACGUUGGCCUAAACCAAUACAACUUGAUAAAAAUGUAAAUGAUGCAGUUUUCGGAAAUGUCCAAGAUGUGGAGAUAAAACAAGAAGUAUUAUCUGAUGAUGAUAAUUUUGAUGCAAAUGGAGCUGAUGAUUAUAAUCCAGAUUUAGACAUCAAAAUUGAACCAGAGGAAAUAACACAACCUACAUCUAUAAAGAUUACAGUGAAUGGAACCAUCUCGCUGCAAGACAUGAAUGCGCAGCAAUCAAUAUCAAACAGCAGUGGAACUUAUGAGAACGAAGGAUAUUUGGUUGCUCCAGUGAAGGCGGAACCAAUGAGUGAGGAUGAGCAAGACCUUCCGAUGGAGUGUUUACUUUGCGCGAAACAAUUUAUGAGCAUCUCUGGAUUAAAGGCACACGUAAUAGCACAACACAAUUAUAAAACAGUACGAAGAAAGAUGAAUAAUAGCGCAUCGCCGGAGAAGAAAAAGACUGCCAAAAUUUCUUGCACGACUUGUGGUCGAAAUUUCGUAACACUCACGGACCUCAUGGUGCACGAAACGUGCCAUAACAAAUCCGUAUGCUACGCCUGUGGGGGAAAAUUCGAUUCGUAUGGGCUUCUUAUGAAACAUCACAGGAGAUGGUGCAAGAAGUUAAAGAAUUGUUCAGGCAAGCCCAAACUUCCGGAGAACGUUACGAAACCUGUGCCUCACCCGCCCUUGCCGACAACCGUUAAAACUCAAAACGAAUCACCAGUAACUUUAAAAUGUUUAAAUUGCAACGAAGAGUUCAGCGAUUUAUAUUGUUUGAAAGUACAUAGUGAAAUUCACAAUCUAGAUAAUAAAGUCAACAAUAAAAAUAAUCAAUUACAAAAUACUGAACAAUUGAACAGUGGUGAUGUGAAUAUUUUGGAAUGUGGUGAAAAUAGUGAACAGACCACAGAACUUGACGUAGUUGAACAGACUAAUGACGUUCAAUCUAGGGAAAUAGAGAUCAAGUUAGAAAUAACGAAUGUAGUUACACUUAAAGAUCAAUUGGACUGUCUGCUGGAUAAUUCUAAAAACAAUUAUAAUGAACAAAUUAAAGAAGAGGCAAACAAUGAUUUGAAUAUUCAUAACCAAUUAGAAAGUUUUGAAUCAGGGAAAACACCAGAAAUUCUAGAAAAUUGUGAAAAAGAUAACACAGUCAAUAAUAAUGAACAGUUAAUAAAUGAUAGUGACUUGAUAGGGCUACAAUGUUUAAAAAGCUUUGACGUUGAUGAAGAAAUUAAAACAAGAGUUGAUCAGGAUGAAAAUAGAGUGGUUGUAUUUGAAAAUAAUGAACAUUUUAAAGUUGAAGUUUCCAAAACAAGCGAAGACGACCUAAUGGUCAAUAAUAAGAAUAAAGAUGAUAAUGAUUUAGCAAAAAUAAUGUUAUUGGAGACUGAUGCUUAAUUUUGCAUUGCAUCA